UUACAUGCUAGCUGUUAGUUGUCUUGCACAGCUCAGUUUAUUCAGUACAUUUCCAGAAAUGGAUGUAUUGGGAAAUUUAGAAGUCAGGUGGGCUCAGGGUUUGACAAGCCAAAAUGUUGAAUUUGUUGACAAGAAAACAGCCUGCUACAUUUGUGGGAAUUACAUCGUUUUCCUGAAUAUAGAAACGAAAAUUAGAAGUGUGCUGCAGUGUCCAGGUCGAGGUAUUGGUGCCUUCACAGCAAAUGGACAUUGCAGGACACUUGCAUUCUCCAACCAUAAACUAAAUCCCUCCAUAUUUGUGUACAACUACCCUGAACUUAUUCUGAAGAAUGAACUGAAGGGAACAGCCCAUGUAGACUACACAUCUCUGGCACUAAGUGAUGCUGGUCCUUAUUUGGCCUGCUGCUCAUCAAUACCAGACCACACCAUAACAGUAUGGAACUGGGAAACUGGGGAUCCAAUUUGUAACCAACCACAAGCUGGAAAAGACAUCACCUCUUUGGUGUUUAACCCAAUGAACUGGCUCCAGAUUUGCUCUUUGAGUGCAUCAUCAUCCCUUACAGUUUGGACCAUUGAGAAGAGUGACAGCUUUCAUAUAAUGAAACCAGGUGUGAUAGAUCUCCCUGCGACUGAUGGCUGUCUGGUUGAGAGGGAGAUUAACCCCUCUCAUGUCCCCACUGGAAUACUCACCUACUUCGGACCUCAGAUGCCCAACUCAGCCAUCGCAGGGCUUGCAGAAGACAAGGCAGAAACCUUUGUGCCCAAAGAGCGCAUCAAGACCAGGCUAAGACCUAGCACCAUCUGCUGGACAGCCUCAUCAGAGCUCUAUGUGGGCUGUCAGGAAGGCCACCUGCUGCAGGUUGACCCAGACUCUCUGGCUGUCUCUGUCCUCUUCAACCCCUCAGCUGCAGAUGACAUUCCUGGGUUCCAGCAGGGUAGCUUCCAGAGCUUAGCCCUGCACAAGGAUGGACUAUUUGUGUCAGGAAAGGAGAAUGUGCUACGCUGCUUAAAAAUUAAGGGGAACCAAGUGGAGGUUACACAAACUUGGACAUUGGAGGAACCAGCCACAACCAUAAUAUAUUCGCCAGACUAUGAAACACUGCUCUUAGCUUCCAGUACAGGGCGCAUCUACAGGUAUAAACGAUCCCAGUGCGAGAAGGUGGUGAAAGUCCUGGACGUUCUCAGUGGAGACUUUGUGGCAGCAGCUUCACUGUAUACGGAUAAUAACUUAUGUGUGUCAGUGAGGGACUCGGGAGAGUUGCAGCUGUGGUCUCUAGAUGCUGGUUUCUGCAUCGGCUCUAUAUCUCUUCAAGUAAAGGUGACCAGUUUGGCCUGCUGUCCGAUUGCUCAAUACGUUGCCGUGGGAACAGUGUCGGGGCAUGUCCUGUUCAUUGAGCUGACCAGGGAGCAGCAGCCUCGUCUGGUGCACAGGGUUCACCUCUACUACACUCCUGUGGACCACCUACUUUUUGAUCAAGGAGGAAACUUCCUUAUCACUGGUGCCUCGGAUGCAAAUAUAUAUGUGUUGAAUGCAAGGGCUUCCAGAGUAUUUGAGGUAAUCGGAUACACAGGUGCUAAAGGAGCCAUCGUGUCCCUGUCUACCCAGUACAGCCGGGACAUUAAGCAGGUCAAACUGCUGGCUCUGUGUGCUGGAGAGAAGGACAUAGGCCGAGGGGAGGGAAGUCUGCUUACACUGCUCACUCUGCCAGUGCAGGAGCUUACGGGGGCAGGAGUGUGUGCAGACCUGAGAGGAUGUCUUUCCAAUAAUGUCCUACAGCCGUGCACAUAUGAGGUCCCUCACGCACUCAGCUCCUCUGCCCUGGGAGCCAAUAAGAUCUUUGGCUACUGCCAAAAGAGGAGAGCUCUCCAGAGAUUCCAGCUACCUGAGAGCACAGAAAGGUCCUCUGACCAGGACGUGGUCCAGUUGACCCCAGAGAAGGAGGUGGAGGGUCACCCUAUGGGCCCCGCCUCCGUCCUCCUGUCGCCCCACCAGUCUUGGCUGGCCUCAGUGGGCCAAGACGGACUGCUGCGCAUCCGGGAGAUCUCCAGUCUGGACCGGUAUGUUCAGAUGCAGUGCCACUCGUGUUGGCUGGGAGGGGUGAGGACAGUGUCCUUUACCUCAGACAGUCAGACAAUGAUCACUACAGGCCUGAAAGACGGCUCUAUGGUCUGUACAAGACUAAGGCUGAAAAUGGCAGGUGUUGGCAAAGCGAAUGCAGCUACACAGUACAGCCAGUCUAUAGCCAAAUACCAGGAGAGUGUGAUAACAUCAGAGAACCCUAUUCUCAGUAGGAUGGCUGACUGGGACCCAGAGGCCCUGUCCCCUCCUGGGUCAGCAGAUCUACACAGAGAAGAGGCCAAUGAUAAGCGACAGAUAGUUGAUGUGACAGAACAGGAUGAGAGCUCCACCAACCUGCCCUCAGCCACAGCCUCAGACUCCACCUGGCUGGACAACAAGCUGGAAGCGGUUAUCAAUGAGGAGAUCCAGCAGUUUUCACAGACAAAGAAAAGCCUGAGGAAAAAUGUCAAACAAUUGCGUGACACAAUCCAGGCAAUGAUGCGUGAGAACGAGAUGCUGCCUGACAUGGAGAAGCUGGAGCAGCAGGAGUUCAACCUGGAUGUAGAUGAGCAAAAGAGACUGCAAGCCGAGGGGGAGCAGGAGGUCACCAGGGUCCGAAAUGAGAUUGAGUUGGAGAACCUAGCCAAGUGCUACCUGCGUGACGUCCUUAAGAGAGAAUGCUGGGAUUCCAUGAAGGUCAAAGGGCAAGCUAUCAAGGCCUUCCACACUGAACACGAGGUGAAGAACUACCCCAUGAAGGAGCGGACACAGCAGGAGCUGGAUGAACUUCAUAGAGUGGAGAGUAUGAGGAAGAUUGAACGGGCUGACAGUAAUCUCCAGCAGGAGAUUCUAGAGAAGAAGACCAAGACCACGACGGAAGAAGAGGAGGAGGAGGAAGGCCGUGAGAUGGAGAGUGCUUCCCUCACAGGUAGCCUCAGUGCCCAGUAUGGAGGCUCAAACCCCUACCUCUACAAUCAGUUCAACCUGCACAUCAGAGAGCAGAAGAUCAACCAGAUCACUUUGCUACAGGAUGUCAUCUACAAAGUGAAGACAGCCUUUAACACAGACUUUAAGGGGGUGCACAAGCAGAAGGAGCAGGAGAUCAACCGAGUGAAAGAUAAGAAUCGUCGCAUCAUGGAGAUCAUGUCAGAGCUGGACCACAAGAUGAAGCUGUGGGAGCCCAGUCUGUCUGACAACGAGCGGCCAGAGAGGGCACUGUCUGUGGAGGACUCUGAGAUUCAUUUUGAAAAGUACCUCACCCCAGAGCAGAGAAAAAAAGAGGAGGAGAAGAAGAAAGAGGAGGAACAAAGACGGCAGACGGCCAAGAGUGACAAUAUCAGAGAGCGAGCUCUGGAUGAAAUGAUGGGUGGAGUACUCGAGCUAAAAAAAGAGGACAUCUUGAGAGUUGAGGUGCCUCAGCCUGAGUUCAUUGUAUCCAAACCGGACAUUCAGUGGACAGAGGAAGAGAAAAAGAUCUAUAAAGAGUAUGAGAAGAAAGCCAAAGAACUGAGCGAGGAACAGGAGAAGUACAGAAAGACUCUGGAAGCUGAAAUGAAUAAACUACAGACGUCCAUCAUGGACUCCACUCAGGGGUUUGAUGAAACCUUGACCAAGCUCUUUGAGAGGAAGGUGAAAUCUGAGAUGGUUAUAUACCAGGAAGAGCUGAAGAUUACAAAUCUAGUUCACUCCAUUCUGAUAGAGGAGGAGGUUCUCAAUAGAGAGCGAGAACUCAGCCUCAAGCUAGAAAAAAACAGGGUCUAUAAGAAUGAGAUUGGAGAAGAGCUUAAGAAGCACAAAGAGGAUGUAGAAAUGUUCCGGGAGACCUACGACAAUGUUGUGGCCGAGGACAAACUUCUCGACAAGGGAUUCAGGAAGGAGUUCUUUGAUGUCCCAGGCCAUGUUGUUGAUCAGCUGUACAAGCUAUACAAGCGAAGACCCAGGGUCCAGAGGAUGAGGACCCAGGCAGACAACAGUACCAGCCCCUUUAAAGAGCGGCCCCUGCCGGGCCCAGUGGCAGCAGAGGGUCUCUGUCAGAUGAUGAAGGCCAUGGAGGAGCUGGACGCUCCAGAGAACAUGCCUGAAAGCCUAGACGUGUCUGUGUGGGAGAGGUUCUGCCUGGCCCGCAGAGCCAAAGUUGAGAGUGAGCAGCAGGUGAAAGUUAAGGCUUUGACUCUGGCUGAAAUGCAAGCCUUUCUGCAGAAGAGGACCGAUGAGGAUGAGAAUGCAAGACUGGAAAUGAAAAGUCUCAUGGAUGACAUCAAUGGGCUACGAGAGGAGAAGAUGCGUUUCCGCCUGGACAUCAUGGUUCAGAUCCUGAUCAAGCAGGGCCAGGUGGAGGUGGAGAACGGAGACUUCAUUGCGGACUACUCUGACUCUCUGCUGCUCCAUAAGAGUGUGGUGGAGAACCUCAACGGGAUCAUCAGAGCUCUGGGAGAGCAGAAGAUAGCCAGUAUGGUGGAGUGCAAGGACUUCCGUAAAGGCAUCAUCCAGCAGGAGUGGGAGCACAAGAGGAUGAGGAUGCAGAAGGAGGACCUGAACAACAAAGCCAGGGACAUCCAGAUGCUGCGCGUCUCUCAGGAGCUGCAGGAGUAUCUCAGUGAGACGGAUCACGACAACCGCAUAUCAAAGCAGGUUUCAACUCUGGAGAAAACCAUAACAUUACAGGAAAAGACUCACCAAAAGAAUGUGCUGACCUGUAAGAAGUUGAUCAAGCAGCUGAACAGACAGGCAGCAAUGAAGGCAUCAAAGAAUUCUGCUCUGGAUGAGCAGCUGACCAACAUGCAAGUGACUGUGGCUGAGAGGAGACACAUCUGUGAAGCCAUAGCCAUGGAGGAGAACCAUGAGAGUGAUGCAGAGGAGAGGUACCAGGAGAUCAUCCAGAGGAAGAAGCUGGUGGAGCUAGCCAGGGCCCAGGCUGAGGAGGUGGCUACCCUCAGGGCAGAGGUGGAACGCAUGAGGAUGAAGUCCUUCCCCGCUCUCGCUCAGCUAAAACAUAACUGACACAUUUAGGAAACACUUUAUUUUUUUUUAAAUUAACAAAACUUCAAACUGACUUUCAUGUUUAAAUAUAGAACUAAUAUAAAUUACUAUGGUAGGUAACAGUAUGAAAUUAAACUGAUGAAGUGGCAAAUUAACAUUUUUUUCACUCUAAUUACUUGUGGAUCAUAGUAAAUUUAGGGUGAAAAACAUCCAGUACAUAAGAUUGAAUCUAGACUAUUCAACAAAGGCAGGAAAUCUGCAUGAUAAAUCUGAUAUCAACAAUUAAUAUUAUUUGUGACAAUAUGAACAGAAGGCACGUGGGUCUAUGCAUUGGUGAAGUCCUCUUCUGUGCGGUUGAAGUGCAGUAUGCUGUCCUCUACACCAAAGAGGUCAAUUAGCUGGGAGAUGCUGGCUUUCCUGCCAUCUAUGGGGAGAUCUGACUGGAGCUCAUACAAUGCAGCCUGACUACAACUCCGCCACUUGUCAAUCAAAACUCUCAACUGUGUCAGGUCAUUCUAGAGAGAAGUGAGAGAUGGAAAAUACAAUAAACAGUGGUUGAAUAUUCACAACCAAUUAUACCACCAUUUCUUUUUUCUUUUUUUACAUCCAUGUAAUUUAGCAUUUUCAUUUAGGGGUUACCUUGCUUCUGUACAUUUUAACCAUCUUCAGUCGCCGUAGUCUCUCGGUCCUUUCUUUAACCUCUCUCUUCAAUUUGUCUCGUAGUUGUAGCAAGUCUAUAUGAGUGGGUUGAGCUGAUUCAGGCAUGGGGCCAGGGACCCCAGCCCUUCUGGUCUCUGGAAAGUCACUGGUCGUGCUCUCAUUUCUGUUGAUGUCAAUAUUCUUCGGUCUGUCUGUUUUGGCACCAUGCUCGGUCUCUUUGUCUGCUGUUGAGGGUAGUUGGUCAUCAUCGAUGUUAAGACGUUUGGCCACGGAAACAGGGGAGGUGAAGGAACGUUUUGAUCUUUUCAGUCGUUCCUUCAGAGAAGAACUCAUCUGCUGUUUUGGCUGAGAGAACGUUUGACACUUGUGAAUGACACUGAACAACAGCUAGAAUCAUGCCAGAGGCCCAUUAUUUAAUACGAAAAUCCAUGUAGAAAAACAUCAGUACGUUAAAUAUGCAUGUUAGAGGGGUUUGACAAACGUUAAGAAAUGGUAUCUAACUAUACUGUAGCUAUCUUUGUGUGUGUAUUCAGCACAAUUAGAUGGGUUUGAAACAAAUUAGCUACUGGCUGCUUAUAUAUUAGUUAGGUAAUUUUAGCUACUUAGCUAGCUAGAUUUCACUAUAAAUUACAUUGCAACAUGCCUGGUUCUGGUACUGUAGACCGUCCUUACCUUACCUUUUGCACACUACUGGAUUCACAUGGGCUUGAUUUUAAAUAGCAGGGUGUGCCGUACACAGGUUUUGAUUUGGUUGUCUUCGGUGUGGUCUCCAUUUCUUUAAUUACAACAAGCUACAUCCAUAUAAACACAACGCGUAGGUUACAAAUUGGCCUCACGAAAGUUUUUCACAGGGUUAGCUUGCUAACAACAAGCUCAUGCAAACCUCGAAGCUUUUAUUGGUCAUUAUUACAGUCACAAAGUCAUAAACCCCGCCUAUUUCUACAAUUUUUUUUCUUAAAAUUGGAUUUUAAAACUAACGUUAACCACACUGCUAAUUUAUACAUAACACUAACCUUACAUUAACAUCAAAAAGCCACUUGUUGUUUCCAUGAUUUUUUACGAUAUAGCCAAUUUUACUUUGUGGCUGUGGUAACUAAUGGGAAACCUUUUGAUUGGUUGAAAGUUGGACUCCAUAUUUCCUGUUUACAGAAAAUAACUGUGGGAGUUGUAGUAUAUCAAUCCUAAAGCAGAUUUAAUUCGUUUCAGGCCAAUGUAUUUAUGAAUAUUUCAACUGGAAAAUCUAUUUUGUUUUAGUACAGACAUCAACAACACAUAUUGUUUUAUUUUAUUUUAAUCAGUGGUGUUAAAGAAAUAUAAAAAUUGAAAACAUGUCUGUUUUUUCCCCGGAUUAUUUUAGUUGCCAAGGCCUUCAAUAUUUCGUUGCAAUUACGUUUAGCUCAACAAAAAAAAAAACAUUUUAAUUCCCUAUUAAAGGAUUUAUUCGCGAAUCUCAAAUAUGGCCACAUAUGGUUUUCAAUUCGUGAGAGUUUUGCGAUGCCUUAUUGUAUUAAUUGUCUUUCAAUAGAGUUAGCCAGUCUGUCGUCCUAAAAACGGAAAUGAGCUAACUCUGCUUUGUUCAGCCAUUCAUAUUGGGAAAAUAAAUGGUGAAAGAAUCAAUGUGUAUAAUCCCUGGAUUGCUCAUGCUAUGUGUUGGCCAUUGAAAGUAUUUGAAGCCACCGUUCGUACUCCAUAGGACUUCUACAGUAUUUCAAUUAAAUGUUUCAAAGACAAAAUUACAUGUAUUUAAGUAACAUUAGUACUCUAUAUAAAAAAAUACUUUAAAGAAAAUGUUUUCAUAUAUUUGUUCAUACUUUUUAUGUUUAGCUCAUGUAAUAUAGUUUAAAAGUAUGCAUUAAAGUGUUUAUAAUAAAAUAAUCGUGUCAAAUACUAAAUGCAUUUUUAUAGCUUCUAAAGUUUUUUUUACAAUGGAGGAUGAGUACCAAGAUGGCCGCUCAUUGGCUUCAAUACAGAACUCAGUCAACCAGGGUUUAUGCAUAUCAUUGGAAAGAAAGUAGGUCUGAGGUUAACACAGGCGUUGGAGAUCUUAUAUGUUUUAUUGUAUGAAAUAAUAUCAGUCAGUUAACAUGACCUUUAUGGAUUAUGAAGACUUUGUGUGCUUUUUCUGAUUACAUAAAUGCUUCAAAAUCCAUAAAAAGUGAUGAAAAUGAUCUCAAAUAACAAAACGUAUAAGAUCUCCUAAACCUGUGUUUACCACAGACCUUAUUUUCGGAGUUUAUCCAAAAACCCUACAAAAAGAAAAUUAAUUUCCCCAUAGGCUUUGUCCAACAAAUCAUGGCGGAGUUAGUGUUUAUGGAAAAUACACCAUUACUACUGGUCUGUAUAGCCUUGGGGAGAGAGGUGUGGAUUGAAAUUAUAUCCUGUCUUGACUUGAACAUCGGCAUCUGGCUGUCUUAUAUUACACACCUUAGGGGAGGGAAUUUUUUACUUUUUAUACUGCGGUUGAUUCUCCUAGAGAUGAAGGUUGAUGAUGAUUACUCUGUCUGAAUGAGUAAGCAGACAGAACUUCUUUUCUUCAGGAAUUAAACUGUUGGAUGUUGUUGACAGAA